UAAUUUGUGAAGCAUAAACCUCUGCCAUUACCUUUCAUAAGCUAGGCCUAAAAGCUUUCGCCAUUAAAUCAAGUGAGCUAUCACUUCUGCUUAACAUUUCAAGUUUAAGCUAGUUCGUUAAUCAAUUCAGGAUUUCAAAAGCAUCAAAAAUCAAACAUAUUUUUCAGCUUCAACAUGAAGAAACCGCCACCGAUGUUAGAGUAUAUCAUCAGCAGCAAUUGCGGCCAAAACAAAGGGCCUACAGUUGCAUUUCACAAUGUCAUGAACCAUCAUCCUCCAUGGAGGUCCAAGUUUCCAAUUAGCAACUCAGGUAACGUUCGGACGCUUUCUUCAGCUGCAUUAAGGUAUGGCAGAUUAAAAGAUGCCGAGACUUAUAAGAAAAAGACUUGUUUAUCUCAUGGUUUCGAGAGGAUAGUUUACAAGACUUGUGCUGGAAAAGAGUACUCUUCUUUUUCUUCUUCUUUCUGGGCUUGGUUUAUGAAGCAUAAAUUUCUAGGCUUUGCUAUCAUUUCCACAUUACCUUUCAUGAGUUUGGAAUGGAUACCAGUAUCCGAGAGGAUGCACCUGGCUAUAUCCUCGGACGAAAUCGAUAAUAUGGCCGGCGCUAUAGCUUGGGAGGUCGAAGCAAUCAAGCAUCGGCGCCAAAUUCUGAGUCCAGACAGACCAGAAAGUAUCCGGAUCACCCGGAUUCUGAAAGACAUUUUACAGGCAACACAUCAAAUCUUGGGGCUGAAAAAUGAUUUCCAAGUGUCUAUCUAUGUUCCGAGAAAAGAAUUGCAGCUGAAAGAUCCUAAGGAUCCUACUCUACCAACAAGGAUUGAUUUCUUCAAGUUUCAUAUAGACAUUAUAAAGUACUACUCAUCCCAUCCAAACAAAAGGGUUCAAAACAAGCCUCAGAAAGUUAGGAGGAAAUUCGGGAUUAGAUAUGGUACCGAGCAUUUGGAAGGCUUAAACUGGGAAGUCAUGGUGGUUGACCGACCCAUAGAGAAUGCUGCGCAUUUCCCCAACGGAAGGAUUACGUUUCCCGCUAAAUUGUUCGACGAUCCAGAUUUUACGGAUGAAGAUUUGGCAACUAUUAUCGCUUAUGAAGUUGGUCAUCAAAUAGCUCGACAUUCAUCUGAAUAUCUGUUGAGAUUAAUAUGUUUCAAGUUCAUUUGUGGUCUAGUAAAACCUUUCCUGGGUGAAGGUCUGUUCUUCUCCAAGGUGGAACCACUAAUUAAAAACAUCAUCUUUGCUUUUGCUUUCAUAAGGAGGGAAAUGGAAGCCGACCUCAUCGGAAUUAUGCUGAUGGCCGCAGCUGGAUAUGACCCUCUUCGUGCCCUGGAGUUUCAUGACAAGUACGGCGCCAAUAAAAGAGCUGAGGCUCUGAAAAAUGCUAAAAUGAUGAUAAAAGCUAAGAACGUAUACGAUCAGGUUCGUGCUGGAGGACCACGAAGUUGAAAGUUUUCAGGAAAAAAAAUCAGAUUUGAUGAUACUAUAUGGCAACACAGUUGAAGAGCUCCAUCAAAUCAAUGAACG